AUGUUUUUUCCUUUCAUUCUUUUUGCAUUUUUUCCUUCACCUUCUUUGCAUUUUGCUUUUGCUUCUCCUUCUUUGCAAUUUGCUUUGCUUUUCUUCACCUUCUUUUUUCAUUACUUUUCCUUCUCCUUUCUUUUUUUUACUUUUUGCAUUUCUUUGCAUUUUUUUUGCUUCAUCUUCUUUGCAUUUUUACUUUUAUUCACCUUCUUUGCAUUUUACUUUUGCUUCACCUUCUUUGCAUUUGCUUUUUAUCCUUCUCCUUCUUUACAUUUUUUUUACUUUUCCUUCUUUGCAUUUUUCUUUUCUUUCUCCUUCUUCUUUGCAUUUUUUCAGCCUUCUUUCUUUGCAUUUUUACUUCUCCUUCUUUGCUUUUACUUUUUAUCUCUCCUUCUUUGCAUUUUUUUUAUUUCUUUCUUUGCAUUUUGCUUUUGCUUCUCCUUCUUUUUUACUCACCUUCUUUGCAUUUUACUUUUGCUUUUCUUUGCAUUUUGCCUUUUGCCUUCUUUGCAUUUUGCUUUUAAGCCUUUUUGCUUUUUCUUUUGCUUCUCCUUCUUUGCAUUUUUACUUUUGCUUCACCUUCUUUGCAUUUUUCUUUUUGUUUUCCUUCUUUGCAUUUUUGCUUUUGCUUCACCUUCUUUGCAUUUUGCUUUUGCUUCUCCUUCUUUAUUUUUACAUUUGCUUCUUCUUUGCAUUUUUACUUUUGCUUCUCCUUCUUUGCAUUUUACUUUUAUUCCUUCUUUGCAUUUUUUUACUUUUGCUUCUCCUUCUUUGCUUUUUCUUUGCAUUUUGCUUCUCCUUCUUUGCAUUUUUGCUUUUUCUUCUUUUGCUUUUGCUUUCAGCUUCUUUGCAUUUUGCGUUUGCUUCAUCUUCUUUGCUUUUGCUUUGCAUUUUCUUUGCAUUUUCUUUUGCUUCUCCUUCUUUUUAUUUUGCUUUUCUUUGCAUUUCUUCUCCUUCUUUGCAUUUGCAAAAAUUUUUCUUUGCAUUUUACUUUUUGCUUCUCCUUCUUUGCAUUUUGCCUACGUAAACAUCGUUCUUCUUCUAUUUCUUUUUUUCUUCUUCUUCUUUUUUUUCCUUUUUUUCUUCUUCUUCUUUUUUUCUUUUUCUUCUUCUUCAUUUUCUUUUUCUUUUUCUUCUUUUUCUUUUCUUCCUUUUCUUUUUCUACUGUUUCUUCUUCUUUUUCCUUUUCUUCUUCUUCUUCUUUUCUUCUUAUUGUUUUUCUUCUUCCUUUUCUUCUUCUUCUUUUUUUCUUCUUCUUUUUCUUGUUCUUCCUUUUCUUCUUCUUCUUUUUCUUCUUCUUCCUUUUCUUCUUCUUCUUCUUCUUCUUCUUUUUCUUCUUCUUUUUCUUGGUCUUCCUUUUCUUCUUCUUCUUCUUUUCCUUUUCUUCUUCUUCUUCUUCUUCUUCUUCUUCUUCUUCUUCUGUGCGACAUCAACGAUCAUGGCUCUCGAACGCUUCCCUUGUGUCUCGUAACAGUUUUUUUUUAA